AUGCGUUUCUCUAUCGCCGCCGCUUCCACCGCCCUCCUCGCCCUUACUGAGGCCCGCAUCACCGGUAUCAAGGUCCCCAAGGAGAUCAAGGUCGGUGAGGCCUUCGAGGCUAUCAUCGUUCGUGAGAACUACAUCCAGAGCGUCUACGACUCCUCCAUUGUCUUCGGAUACGCCCCUGAGGGCGCCUACCCUGGCACCAUCGGCCAAGUUGCCGAUUCCUUCAACCUCGGAAAGAAAGAGUCAAACAAGAUCGAGCCUCUCAAGGAGACUCUCACCAUCCCCGCGGAAGCCACCAAGGGCAAGGGUCUCGUCACCGCUGCUCUGCUGAGCAUCUACGGUGCUUCUGGAAGCCCAACCAUCACCCAGUACAACGUCACUGUCACUUUUGGAGACAAGACCAGCAAGGACUACGUUGAGAGCAAGGGAUCCCUAUCAAACUACUAA